UUCUGGAUGCUCUUAGUUUCACAGAGCAACGGGUAACAUGGAUUGCACCUCAGCAGRAGGCAGCUGAACUAUCCCUCUGGCUUUAGUGAGGAAAGAGCAGCGAUGAAAUCCGUGGACUGUGUGCACGUCAUCCCGCAGAAGGAUACCGCCUCCUCUCCCUCUGCCCACCCUGGUGCUGGUUGGGGCACCAGGGGACUUUUUUCUGUCACAUUCCUGUGGCUUGCAAUGCUCCUGUCCUCUUGGCUUGCAGCAGUGUCUCUUUACCAUGUUAUCACCCUGAAAACAGAAGUAGAAGCUCUCCGUAGCAAGCUGAUCUACAGGGUCCAGGCAAGCUCCCGGCUAGACCAGCCGCUGGUGUCCCCUAAGGAAAACCGAGCAGGAGCCCCCGCUUCUUCCUUCCUGGAAGGCUCAACAGCUGCUGGCAAGCAGGGAAGCACAAUCCCUGGCCCUGCCACAGCCGAGCACUUCCAGCUCGGCUGGAAUGGGAGUGGAAACAGGGUGAGGAGGUCCAUAAUCCACACUGAAGAAACAGUGUUGCAGGCCUGUUUGCAACUGAUUGCUGACAGCAAAAGUGAUGUCCAACAGAAAGAUGACUCAAGCAUUGUCCCAUGGCUCCUUAGCUUUAAACGUGGAACAGCUCUGGAAGAACAAGGAAAUAAAAUAGUGAUCAAAGAAACAGGAUACUUUUUCAUAUAUGGACAGGUUUUAUAUACAGAUACAACAUUUGCUAUGGGACAUCUAAUACAGAGGAAGAAGGCCCAUGUGUUUGGUGAUGAUCUAAGUUUGGUGACAUUAUUUCGUUGCAUCCAGAAUAUGCCGCAAUCUUAUCCAAAUAAUUCUUGCUAUACUGCUGGCAUUGCAAAAUUAGAAGAAGGUGAUGAGCUUCAGCUUACAAUACCACGAAGAAGGGCCAAAAUAUCCUUGGAUGGAGAUGGUACUUUUUUUGGUGCAGUUAGACUCCUUUGAAGCCCCUCUUUUUUUCUUAUUAUACUUAGUGCAAUUUUCUUCUCUUCCUAUGCUUCUGAGAAAAAAAUACUGGAUUUCAAUAAAGCUGCUAAUUCAGUCUCUCACCUUSCUCCACACACACACGCCUUCCUAGACCUUUUCUUCAUUUUAAGAAGCAAACCCAAAAAUAAAAUCCACCAGACAUACUUCUGAGAUAUAACUAUCAUACGAUUCCCAGAAAGCAAAUUGGUUUUAGACAAUGGAAGACUCUAAGUAAUGUCUAUAAGUAUAUAUGUUUUGACUUGCUAAGGAAAAUAAUAAAAAGAAAAAAGCCACCAUACAGUUAAGAAAUUACAUUUCURUCCCAUAAGUUUCAGUUCAGUUUCUAGGUUAAUUAUAGACUUACUGUGUGC